UUCCCCUACGGGUCGAGUACAACCAAUGAAUUGUCAUCGUUCCCGCGCUCCUAGUAUUUGGAGUCCAAUUUGCCGCGUUAAUUGUAGCAACUCUAAUGUUCGAAAACAAAUAUAAAUUUCAAAGUCGGUAAACUUUCGUUGACACUCUAGAAGGAUGCUGGGGAGAGUGAGAGCAUCGCCGAUGGGCUCAUUGGAACUACUGGAGAUGGAAAGACCAAAUUCCAAGAUCAUCAAGCACGACUCUCUCUCCAUAUAUGAAUCCACCCUCAUGAAACUUAAACAAGGCUCCCAUUGUAAUCCAAGGUGUAACCCUGAGGACUCUGCUAGGACGGAUCCAGAUUGUACUAACAUGGCAACUAGUUCACCGGAGGAGGCUGUGUCUUCUGAUGCAGAUUGUUGCUCCACUGAUUCUUUCCCAAACUCCAUACCUUGUUUCCAAUCCACUGGCCCCUUAAAGGCUCAAGGGAACAGGAAUAUGUCUAUUCUUUAUUUCUUCUCGAAAUAUAAGAGUUCUCAGUCUCAGCAUGCACAGAGCUCAAAUGACAAAGAGGAGAUGGCUAUAGAGAGCGGCUAUUCUUCUUCUUCCAGUGGGUGAUCUAUGUCUACCUGUUGACAGUAAACAAGUGCCUGAAGACAGAACUGGAAUCAGUUUCUCUAACUUGGUUGAGCAUUUAAGUUGUGGACUGUACCCCCCUGUUGUGGAAGGGUUAGUAUGUUUUCAUCUUCACAAUUCAUAAUUGUUAUCCACGGCUUGAUCAUGUUGUAACUAUAAUGUUUGUGGGUUCUUCAGUUUUUGUUUAGUUGAUGUUCUCUGUUUUUUUAGUGAUGUUCCUUCCCAGAGAAUCAAGUUGUUAUUCACUCUUUUUCUCAGGAUCAA